CUGGCUGUCCUGGAGGACUACGCAGACCCCUUCGAUGCGGCGCAGGUGGCUGGUAGCCAGGCAGGGCUGGAGAAGGUGACGGAGGAUGGAUACAUGGAGCCGUAUGAAGCCCAGAAGAUGAUGGCUGAGAUCCGCCAGAAGGGCUUACGGGAGGCUCCCGCCCGGCCGCUGCACCUCUACGACACUCCUUACGAGCCUGUGCUUGGAGGGCUGGACGUGGACGGUGACCGCCCAGCUUGCCCCAGGCCCAGGGAAUCCCGGCUGCCCGAGGACGACGAGCGGCCGCCGGAGGAGUACGACCAGCCCUGGGAGUGGAAGAAAGAGCGGAUCUCCAAAGCCUUUGCAG